UACAGCCUUGACACCCACAAUGAUGGCUUUUUAUCCCUGACUGUAUAGAACUGGACAACGGACGACAUUCAAUGUUUUAUCCCAUAUAACUUGCAAAGCAUAGACAUUUACAUGUGUUUAAGGUUAAAGACCGUUUCACAAGCUUUGCCACUAAAAUAAGGGAAAUUAGUUUUUCUGAAUGAUCAAUUCUACGGUGAUCUGGACCUGACAGUGUCAUGCACUGACAUACAUUACACUGCACAGAGUGGGCUAGAAUCAGAAAACGCGACUAAGUAAACUAUAUUUGUCCUUAGCAGGGUACUGUACUAUAUCGAUGCUUUACGGCAGUCUUUACGACCAGUAAAACAAACCUGAAGGCUAAACCUAUGGGCUAAACCAAAACAGUUAUUUUAAUGCUAAGAAAAGAUCCACCAGAAAUCGCCAACAACUUUGAGCAAAUCUUCACAGACCAAGUCAUGGCCCCUUCCAACAAACGCACUCGCAGAGAGGACUCCUCUUUGGUGCUCACGUGCGAGUGGGCAUCCUGCAAAGAGACCUUCACUCAAAUGCAAGAGUUUUGCAAGCAUGUGGAGAAACACCACGCAAUGUCAACAGAGGACAUGGACACUGAAGACGAUGUGGAUGAGCAUGUGUGUCAGUGGAGAGACUGUGGCUUCUGUUCAGUGGAGAGUGCGGCAGAGUUACAGAGACAUUUGUUCUUCCACUGCUACCACACCAAGCUGAAGCAGUGGGGACUCAAUAUCCUUCAGGUUCACCCUGACAUGGGCACUUGUUCCGUGGGCCUCCACAACCGCAACAUAAUACCCGAGAUCACUGACAACUUCAUUUGCUCCUGGGAGCAUUGUGAGGCCUCUAUGGACAAUCCCGAGUGGUUCUAUCGCCAUGUGGAGAACCAUGCCUUGUCCCUGGACAUGAAGUCCAAUGGAAAGGAAGAGAAUGUUCUCUGCUGUGGCUGGAAAGAUUGUGAGGCCACCUUCAAGGGACGCUUUAAGUUGCGAGAGCACCUGCGGAGUCACACCCAGGAGAAGAUAGUCGCGUGCCCGACCUGUGGGGGGAUGUUUGCUAACAACACCAAGUUCUUUGACCACAUCCGGCGGCAAACAACUAUUGAGGGCCAGAGAUUCCAGUGUUCCCAUUGUUCUAAGCGCUUUGCUACCGAGAGACUUCUCCGAGACCACAUGAGAAACCAUGUGAACCAUUACAAAUGUCCUUUUUGUGACAUGACCUGCCCCUCACCGUCCUCACUCAGAAACCAUAUCAAGUUCCGCCACAGCAACGAGAAACCCUACCGCUGUGACUACUGCGAGUACAGCUGUAAGAACCUGAUCGACCUGCGGAAACAUUUUGAUACACACAGUAGUGUGCCAGCCUAUCAGUGCGACUAUGAGGACUGUGACUACGCCACCCGCUCCAUGCAGUCCAUUAAGUCGCACUACAAAAGAGUGCACGAGGGUGAUGUUGCUCCACGUUACAAGUGCCAUGUGUGUGAGCAGUGCUUCACGAGAGGCAACAACCUCACAGCCCACCUGCGCAAGAAACACCAGUUCAAAUGGCCAUCAGGACACCCCAGAUUCAGGUACAAGGAGCACGAGGAUGGCUUCAUGCGGCUGCAGCUGAUUCGCUACGAGAGUGUGGAGCUGACCGAGCAACUGAUGAGGGAGAGGCCGGCGGAGGGGGACUGCUCCGACCAGCCCACCCAGAACGAGGGUGACGAGAGUGGCCCGCAGUCUUCUGCGGGCGGAGAGGAUGUAUCUGACGGCCAGGAGGAAGAGGAGGAAGAGGAGGGGGACUGUGGGGCGGAGGAGAGGGUGAGGCCGGAGGAGGGGGACAACGUGCUCCUGGUCAUGCUGAAGGGAAGCUCUCCGGAGGCCCAGGCAGCGGAGGAGGACACGGUGAUGAGGCGGCUGCAGGACACAGCACAGCAGCUGGGCAUGGAGGUGGUGUGAGGUGCCGGAGGCUGGGACAUGAUGGCAGACCCAGCGUUUCACUGUGGUCAUUGCCUUUUGGGAUUUGUCCAGAGGGUUUGAUCUCCACUUGAAGUGGCAAGUGAGUGAGUGAUGCAAAUUCUAUUGAAAGCAGUUGGAUCAAUCACUAGACUACAACUAUAGAUGACUGAUUUGCUGGCCAGAGCAUGCAGACUGAGCUUUUCUCUGGUGAGGAGGGUGACUAUAAUAUGAUCUCUACAGACACAGAGUUGAGAUUCGGGUUUGGCAGUGCCAAGCUAGGACCACUGUUCCAAGGCUCAAUGAGGUUCAUGGGAAGUAUCGGCUCCUCACUUUUCUGGGAUGCAGAGGUUGCAUUAUCAGCAGUCAGAAUCUGGAAUGUCCAAUGGCUUCUUUGUCCUUUUUUUGGUGAAAAAGGUGCUUGACUUAAUUGACUGAAGACAUUCUGCUCCCAUGGAUGCUCAGGUCUUCUGGAAGAGUUAAUGGUUCCAGUAGGGCGCAGCAUCUGAAGCUCUGGUCCUCAGCAGCUUACUCAGCUCAUAGCUUCCACAGCUUUCGUCAGUUCUUGAUGAGUUUAUCAACUCUUCCUUUUGCCUCUCUCACAGAAGAAUACUUAUUGAUGGACUGUUUGAAGUGACACUAGUUCCUAUUGUUCUAAAUUUAGCUCUUUUAGCUAAUGUUCUUGUCAAUUAUAAGCCAGCAGUUUUCCAAAGGCACUUGGUUGGCAUGGGUUUGAUGUGUAAAUAUCUUGAAGAAAAUUGCACUUAUACAAGCGAAUAAGCGAUUUGUGUGCACUUGAAGUGAUUUUCAGCCAUUUUCUGAUGUUUUAAACAGUGUUUGAUGUUUGGUUGAAUUGGUUCCAAUUCCAUUUAAUUCCCCCCAGUCAAAAGUGGAAGACCAAAGAGGAAAGGUUAUAGUGGGACUCAAACUCAUUUAUGUUUAAACUCCACUGUGACGAAAUGAUAGUGUGAAUCUGGCCAUCUAUGCCUCCAACAUCUGUUACUGAUGAGGUGUUUUGGUUUUUGCUCACUAUAUAAUACAGUUAUUACAUCACCGUUAUGUGGAAGUAUUUGUUGAUUUAUUUAUUUUGUGCUAAAAUAACUUUCUGAGAACCACAUCAGCCUCAGAGGAGAUGGAGUUGUUUUGAAUAAACUCUAUCUUGAACUAAC